AUGUCAUCAUGGACCAAAUCUCACCAGUAUGCGCAGAUUGGAGAAGCAAAUGAAAAUGGCGAGAUUGUCCAAGAUAGAGAAUCACGGCGGAGGCAAUACUGGCAAAGGGGCAGAAUCCACCUCUUUUACGCGAUACUCCUCAUCUUGGUAGCUGCGCUCAGCAAACAUACUGCGCCUAGCAAAGCUGCGCCAGAUUAUUACGGCGUUGAACCCGUCAGGUCAGAAAUGCGAUUAUCAACCAUAAGCAAAACUUUCGAGCUAGAUCUCAAGUAUGCCAUGCCACCAUCCCCACAAGUUGACGAAGCUUGGGCCUCGCUUCUUCCUAAGGAGGGCGGCUUUUUUCAACACUCUAAGCUCGCGCCGCAAAAGAGCUGCAUAGCGGUGUUCCACCAGCUUCACUGUCUCGACAUGAUCCGCCAAGCUCUGUACGAAGCGCGGCCCGACAUCAUGGAGCAAGUCAACAAUGGGUCGCACCCUAUCCAUAAGGCGGGCCAUAAGGCGGGCCAUAAGACGGACCACGACGCUUCUCCCGAUCACAAUCACGUCAAAGACAUGUAUCACAUCGGCCACUGCAUGGACCUCGUUCGCCAAUCUAUACUUUGCAGACCUGACCUGACCGUAGAGGUUGGCAACCUAGCGGUAGGUGGUGUGACGGGGUUCGGCACUGAGCAUCAGUGUGUGAAUUGGCAGGAACUGAUGGACUGGAUGAAGGACCAUGAAUGA